CGUAAAAGUUAGUGGAAUAAGAAUGAUAGUAUCCAAUCACAAGCCUGUAUCUUUAAUAAGCGACAAAAACCAUGCAAUAGUAAAGUUGGACGUACUUUUUAUUAAUCGAUUACUUUGACACAAAUAAUUGAGCUCUUUCUUCUCUGUAUACGUACCUCAUAGUUCUCACUAUCGCAUCAUUAUCCAUCUAUCAAACAGUUGCUACCAAACAGUUGCUACAAACUAAAUAUUCAGAAACUAUGAUGAUAUCUUUAGUCACGAAUACAGAAUUCAUCUCCUUGUAUGUAUUAAUUCUGGUGUGUUGUUGCUGCUGUAUUUUAGCUAAAGACAACAUAACGACUGGGGAAUUUAUCAAUGAUGGUCCUAGUUACUUAGAAUCUUCUGGGAAGAAGUUUCAAAUGGGCUUCUUUCCGCAUGGAAAAGCAGCAGAAGUAAGAAGAUAUGUGGGGAUAUGGUAUACGAUGGAUCCAAAGACUGUUGUGUGGGUUGCUAACCGUGAUACACCAGUGCUGGAUUCCACUGGAAUUCUUACUGUUGCAGAAGACGGUAGUGCUAAGCUGUUAAAUGGAAAACAAGUUGAAUACUUCUCUACAGACCCUUCAGAUGGAGCUUCUUCAACGGCACUGAAGUUGUUGGAUGACGGAAAUGCCAUAUUAAUAAAUGUUAUAUCAGGAAACAUAUUAUGGCAGAGCUUUCAAACUCCAACAGAUACUCUUAUUCCUGGAAUGAAGAUGGUCGAUAAUAACUUAAAGUUGACAUCAUGGAAAAGUCCAGAAGACCCAGGAUCUGGAAGCUUCGAGUUUCAGCAAUACCCUGGUACAAACCGAUACUUCAUUUUGAAGGAAUCAACCAAACUUCAAUGGAAAAGUGGGAACAAGUCGACCAAAAGUUUUGAUGAGAAUCAAAUUUUCCCUCAGGCAUUCUUGUUGCUGUCAAACAGUACUACCACACGAACACGAUCCAUCAUUGGGAAAAAAUGUUACACGUAUUCUUCCUGCAUAAAGGAUGAAAGUUAUCUGGUGAUCGAACCUUACUCAAGGGCUGGAUGCAAAAGAUCGUCUGAAAUCAGCUGUCUCCCAGGAAGUAAUGACGCAUUCAUGACAAAAACUAUGAUUAGUAUGGAUGAUACAACUUUGCCCUUCUAUAAAUCAAAGAAUGAAUCAGCAUGCAUGAAGAAGUGCCUUAAAGACUGUCAGUGCCUAGCUUAUUCUUAUAUUUCUCAAAAUGAGCUGGGAGGCUUAGUGGAUAAAAGUCGCAAUGUGGAGAGCUCUGGUUGCUGGUUCUGGAACUCUGAACCAGAUAAUCUUAGAGAGAACGGUGUACAUACUAUCUCCUUUCGUGUUUCUAGGUUAUCAAAAGCACCUAUAAUCAGUCAACCAAAGCCAACAGAAAAAUCAUCAUUUCUGAAACGUGUUCUUGCUAUUGUUAUCAUUGUUUCAACGCUGGUGCUUUUGUCAUUGUGUGGCAUUAGCUAUAUUUUAUGCAAAAGAUUAAUGAAUAGAAGAGAAAACAACGAAUUGCAGUCGAAUGAUACACGGAGACGUAUGAAGGAGUUACUCGAUCCAGAUCACUCAAAAGAAGAUGACAGAGAAGGCAUUGAUGUGCCAUAUUUUGAGCUGGAAAGCAUAAUAGCUGCUACUGAUGACUUUUCAGAGAAAAAUAUGCUUGGACAAGGUGGUUUUGGGCCUGUUUACAAGGGUAAGCUUCCUGGAGGCGAAGAAAUUGCAGUGAAGAGGUUGUCAAGCCUCUCUGGACAAGGUUUGCAAGAGUUCAAAAAUGAGGUUAUGCUUAUUGCUAAACUUCAGCAUCGAAAUCUUGUUAGACUAUUGGGAUAUUGCAUCAAGGGAGAAGAACAGAUUCUUCUUUAUGAGUACAUGCCAAAUAGAAGCCUAGAUACAUUUAUAUUUGAUCGAACGAUGUGCGCAUCACUGGACUGGAAAAUGAGAUUUGAAAUCAUUAUGGGAAUUGCUAGAGGACUCAACUAUCUCCACCAUGAUUCUCGGUUGAGGGUUAUUCACCGGGAUUUGAAAACAAGUAACAUUUUGUUAGAUGAGGAUAUGAAUCCAAAAAUUUCGGAUUUUGGCUUGGCCAAGAUAGUUAAAGGUAAAGAUAUGGAAGCUAUGACCAACAGAGUUAUCGGAACCUUUGGUUAUAUGUCUCCAGAGUACGCACUAGAUGGGCUGUUCUCAGUUAAAUCCGAUGUUUUUAGCUUUGGAGUAGUUAUGCUUGAGAUUGUAAGUGGAACAAAAAAUACAGGAUUCUAUCAAUCACAGAGAAGUCUAAGUCUUUUAGGACAUGCAUGGAAUUUAUGGAGAGAAGAUAAGCCAUUUGAGUUGAUGGAUAAAGUACUAAUAGAAUCAUGCAAUUCAAGUGAGGUAUUGAAAUGUAUAAAUAUUGGGCUCCUAUGUGUACAAGGAGACCCUGAUGAUCGUCCUACCAUGACCAAAGUUGUUUUGAUGCUUGGAGGUGAUAUCGUCACACUCCCAACUCCAAAAGAACCGGCCUUCAUUGCAAGAAAGGACAAUGCUACCUCCUCUUCCUCUAGUUCUUAUAAAACAGAUACGCAAUCCAAAAACAUGUUGACAAUCACUAAGUUGGAUGGACGCUGAAAGGGUAAUUAAUUUGUCAAUGGCUUGUAUUUGGGUUUAUCGUAUGAUACUCACUUUCCUAGUAUUCUACUGUGAUCCUCAACUGUACAAAGGUGUCUCUUGCAUAAAGCAUGUUGUUAAGUUGUUUUUCCGGGGUUAUGUUUUUUAGGUCAUUCCUUUUCUAUCUAAUGUACUUAAUCACAAUAUGUAUAUAUGCUAUUUAUUAAAGGUAAAUUAAAUGCACA